UUGCAAUGGCUGCUUCUUUCCGUAUUUGCAUAAAAUUUUUAAUAAAUAAUACGUUUUAAGGAGAAUUGUGAAACACACUGACCAGCAGGAUGCACGAACAACCACUGCAUGUAGUCCCCCAGCUAAUCCAUGACAUCAAAGUGGGGUUGGUGGAGGAAUCCUUCAGAAUAAACAACAAGACGCUGGACAUCUUUAAUUACAUCAUAAUGUGCGAGAGCUGCCAGAAUGCAGAGGGAGUGAAAAGCGUACUAAGGAUUAAGGACUGGGGAUAGUGGAGCAGAUGACGGAAAUUCACCUGCGUCCUUAUGCAACGAAUCCGUGUGAAGAGCUUCCUGAAGCAAGCGAAUAUUCCCCAUGUUUGAUUAUGUGCCGCCAGGACUGAUUACUCUGCUUAUAUCCAACACUUCAUCCUAUCGAGAACCCACUGUGGGCCACACGUCAACACCUUGACAUUGAUUGCUGCGGCAUUUUUCCCCCAGCCGCGAAACGGAAAAGGCAAGAAAGCCACCGAAAGCAACGGAAGGAAACCCACAAAUGUAAUGAAAAUGGAACUGGCCAAUAAUUCAGAUGCAACAUUUCAAAUUUGUGGUCGUGGUGUCCGUGUCCGUUCCCGGAAAAGAGGAAAGAAAAAAAAAAUACGAAAGAAGGCCCAUGGGCCGAGCACUUGAUAUGUACAUACGUACACGCUUUGGGUUUAUCACAAGUCCAAAUCGAUUGCCGCCGGUAAAGUUAGUUUAGUUAGGCGUCUCUCUGAUAAGAUACCGAGUCCCCCGAGUAGCGAGCGAGGAGCGAGACCGGAGUACCCGAGUUGACGCAGCCCCGGGCAAAAGCAGAAGAAAGCCACAUUCUGGCCCACCAAGCUCGGGAGCAACUGUCGAUCCACAGCAGUUACACAAUAAGUUUUUCGCAAAAUUGCCACUAUGUCUGCAGUUGCGGCUACAAAUAACGGAGGCCUAACGUUGGAGGAGGAGCCGCCGCAGUUGAAUAUCCUGGGUCAGCUGAAGACCAUCGAGCAGAUCAAUGAACAGCGCAGGAUAUUCCUCAAUGGGACCAUUGCCGAGGAGAGCAUUGCCGUGGGCAACGGCAACACCGAAGUCAAUGAGGAUGAAGAGGUUCUGGAGCGGAAUCUAAAAGAGUUGGAGAAGAAAACGGAGGUGGCAGUGGAGGCAGUGCAAAAACUGGCUGAUGAGCCUACAAAGGAAUUGCCGGAGGACAAAGACGAAGAGAAAUCAGAGCUAUCAAAUGAGGAAAAGCCACAGCCGCCGAGUACCUUAUCCUUAAAUGUAAAGUACGCCACACUACCUAGUCCCAGUACUGUGACACUCAGAUCUCCGCUCUCACCGCCCCCCAAACCACCUAUGCUGAGUCGCACCCGGAGCAUAGGUUCCGGCGAUAGCAAGAGUCCCGUCUCACCAGCCAGUACACCGAUCCGUCAGAGCUUUCCCGCGGCAGCUCCAUCCACUGUCACAUCGCCCACAGAGAGUUCGCCGGCAACAUCGGCAGGGAAAUCUGGCGAAGACAUGGCACCCGCCACCGUUUCCGCUCGUCACUACGAGGGAUUGAUUGAGGAGCUGCGUUGCCCGGGCUGUGCCGGUGCCAUGAAGGCUCCCAUAUUGCUCUGCAAGAGUGGCCACAGUAUCUGUGAGCAAUGCACCCGCAUUCUCCUUAUGUGCCCACUGUGCAAGGAGGCCUUCACCAAUUCCCGUUCGCUGACUGUGGAGGCGUUGUGCGCCAAGGCUCACUUCCGGUGUGGACAUGCUUCCGGCGGCUGCCAGGUGCGAAUGCCAGUGGUCCUGCUGCCCUGGCACGAGCAACAAUGCAUGUACAAGCCCAUGAAGUGCUUCAUGGGUCGCGUGUGGGGCGAAUGCCGCUGGCAGGGACGCGAGGUGCAGUGGAAGGAGCACCUGGAGGAGGAGCACACGGAUCGGCUGUUCCGCUCCAACAGUGCGGACCUGGAGUGGAAUCUGGUGACGCGGCGUAAGCCACUCACUGGGUACUAUGUGUUCCAGGCCCAUGACGAGAUGUUCAACUUCUAUGAGAUCCAUGAUCGUCAGCGCAUCCUGUUUACCAUGACCUGCACCUCGAAUCGGAGGGAUAGCAAGUAUAAUUUCGCCUACGAGGUCACGGUUUUGCAACCGGACAACGAAGCCCUAUCCAUGACCCAGAAGUUCCCAGUGCACAGCGAGUAUGACAAGGAUAUCCUGAUGGAGGGCACGUGCGUCAGCAUACCCCUGAGCGAAUUGAAUCGCUUUAUGGAUCAGGAUAAGGUCCUCCACUAUCGGGUCAGUGUGCUGGCGGUGAAGUCACCUCGCCGGGCGAAGCCUCCGCGCCAGAGUCUGCCGUCGCAGCCUGUCGAUCUCGAGCAAGCCCCCAAUGGCGGCAUCAAUGGCAAGAGUGUGCCAUCUAAUAUGAUCAUAACGCGCACAUAUAAGGAAGCCAUUGGCGAGGUGGUCGCUGCGCAGACUCCGUCUGAGAUGGCCUCGCCGGAUACGGAGGAUGACUCGGUGGCCAGCGGCAAUGGUAUGCCGGAACUUGAGCGCAAGUGGGGCACUCCGCAGCUGCAUUUCAAUCGUAAAUAUCUACGAAACACUUUGAACGAUUCAACGCCACUGGAGGAUGAACUGCGUCCGUUGGCUGGUGAUUUGCGUAAUGGACACGGCGACGACAAAUUGUCUCUGUGCAGCAACAGCACGAGUUACACGAAAAAGGUGUCCGACUCGCUGAGGAGGAGUUUCCGGGCCUUAAAGGCGGAUAUUGUAGAGAUGCGGCCGUUCCACAAGAAGCCAGUGAAGGGAGGAUCACCGCCGUCUCCGGUGAAGUCAAAUAGCAGUCAGUGAAGUUGUAGUCAGUGAAGAGAUCAUGUUCGAUCCUGGAUCCUUUUACAAGCUGCAUGGAUAUACAAACUUUGGCUUCCCAAAGUUAUUUUUCUUUUUUUUUACACCAUUAUUUUUUUUCACUUGUACAAUUUGUUAUAAAUCCUAUGCAAAAUACAUACACACAUAUUAUUGUAACUAAAAAGUAAAAUUAAUGAAAUAGAAAGAAGUAUUAGACUUGCUUUAGACAAAAAAAAGG